AUGUCAGAGACCGCCGUCGAGCCUCUGGGCCAGCAGCCCGACCCGCUCGAGGAGGCCCGCGACGCCGUCAGCGAGCCAUUCACCGACGUCUACCACAACCCUCGAGAGUCGUCGUCUCGCAUGGGUCUCGAGGCGCGCGCCUACGCCUACAGGGCAGGGGCCUCACUCGCCUUUGGCAUGGGCAACAUGGUCAGCCCUGCUGUGCCCUCGCCGCACAUGACCGUCUACUUGGACUCGACCUUUUCGAAACAGUACAGCGGGAAGGACAAGAUCCGCGCCUACGUCUGGACACCAGACAGGCCGCGCAUGGGCUCGCGAAAAGGCAGCAAGGAGAGCGCCGACCCGCGGUCCCGCCGGCCGGCCGUCAUCAACUUCCACGGUGGCGGCUUCGUGCUGGGCCAGGGCACCGACGACGGCCGAUGGGCCAUGGCGGUCAUGCAGGCGCUGGGUGCCGUCGUCUUCUCCGUCGAGUACAGGCUGGCGCCGGGCUACCCGUUCCCCACGCCCGUUGAGGACUGUGCCGAUGCCGUGCUACAGAUUUGGAGGCGCGCCGACGAGUUCUGGAUCGACCGCGACAGGAUCAUGGUCUCUGGGUUCUCGGCUGGCGGCACGCUGGCGCUGGCGAGCUGGGUGCUGCUUGCUGAUUACAAGCGGUGGGGAUACGAGAUCAAGCCUGACCCGGACCUCGCCAAGGGCAUGUCAGAGCUCUCUGUGGAUGACACAGGGGAUGACGACACUUCUGCCAAGGGGCAGGAUGGGAAAGCAGACCCCAAAGUCCCCCAACUGGCCGGGCUGAUGCUCUUCUACCCGCUCCUCGACUGGACGCAAUCUCGCCCGCGCAAGCGUCUCACUUGCUCCAAGCCCGAGUUCACCCUCAGCCGGACCCUGACGGACCUCUUCGAUGCAUCCUAUCUCUAUCCCUACGAAGAAGUCAAGUCCCAGCUCGAUAACCCCCUUCUCUCGCCAGGUCUCAUGCCCGACGACUUGCUGGACAGGUUGCCCCCGGUACAGCUAUGCCUGUGCGAGUACGACAUGCUGCUUGCCGAGGGCCGCCGUUUCUACGAGCGGCUGCAGGCCAGGAAGAAGGAAUCCGGCGCCCGCGAGGUUGAGAAGGCCAAGCAUGCGUGGGACAAGCCGAGCGGCCUCCUGUACAGCCCGCCUGAGAGCAUGGGCAUCGAGUAUGGCGAGGCGGUACGUGUGAUGGCGGGGUGGAUCGGACGUGAGGAAGGGAAUGGGAGCGGCGAGGACCUGUCGCAGAGGGAGAGGGAGAGGGAGGAGCAAGGCAACUUACGGCAUCCAGAGGCGUAG